AUGGUUGUGAAGAUGAUGAGGUGGCCACCAUGGCCACCUUUGUCAUCAAGAAAAUUUGAGGCCAAAUUGAUCAUUCACAAACUGCAAGGCCUAAAUUUGGUACAAGAUGAAGAGCAAAACAGCAAUGAGAGCAAGAAGAGGUUGGUGGUUGAGAUAAAGUGGAAAGGUCAAAAGGGUAUUGCUUUAAGGAGGUCUGUAAAGAGAAAUUUUACAGAGGAAGGUGGGUUUGGAGGUGAUGGGGUUUUUGAAUGGAAUGAAGAGUUUAAAUGUGUGUGUAAUCUUUCUGGAAAUAAAGAUGGUGUUUUUCUUCCUUGGGAGAUUGCGUUUGCAGUUUUCAGUGGCUUGAACCAAGGACCAGGGAGUAAGGUUCUUUUAGUUGGAACUGCUACAUUAAACCUCGCGGAAUAUGCUUCAACAGCUAAGGAGAAAGAAGCCGAAAUUGAUGUUCCUUUAACAGUUCACAAUGGCACCGUUGAGGGUACUCCCUUGCUUCACUUGUCUCUCAGGUUGAUGAAAUUGAGAACUAUUCAAGAACCUCUACAGGCAGUACACAGAGCGAUAGAGACAGCCCCGCCAUCUCCCACUUCUCUAGAAACUCUGUCGCCAAGGAGAGAUGAGCUUUCUGUCCUUAAAGCAGGUCUGAGAAAAGUGAAAAGCUUCCAAGUGACAAGAAAGGCUUGUCAUGAAGAAAACAAUAAUGAUAAGUGUUGUGUCAGAAGUGAAGAUGCUGAGGACACCUACCCAUUUAAUACAGACUCACUUGAUGAUGAUGCUGAGGGGGAAUCAGAGGAGAGUAAUGGGGAUUCUAGUGCUCAGAUGUCGUUCAAUUAUGAAACACUGGCACAUGCAAAGAAGGCUGGAGGAUCAUUUCACUCAAACGCUAUAACUAAUGCUGAAGAUGAGAGUUGGAUAUAUUAUAACCAUCGUAAACCAGAUAUGGGAUCUUUGUAUGUUGAAUACUCAACUGCAUCAGACCAUGAACAGUCUUUGAAACAGAGUUCAAAGCGUGGAAUCUUAGCUUGGAGGAAAAGGAAACUGAGCUUUAUAUCUCCUAAGCCUAAAUCUAAAGGAGAGCCUCUCUUGAAAAAGGAUUAUAGAGAAGAGGGUGGUGAUGACAUUGAUUUUGAUCGCAGGCAGCUCAGUUCCUCUGAUGAGUCCAGUUUUGGGUGGAAUAAAUCAGAAGAAGGUUCGACUACUAGUAGAUCAUCAUUCUCUGAAUUUGGGGACGACAAUUUUGCUGUAGGCAGCUGGGAGACAAAAGAAGUAACAAGUCGUGACGGACACAUGAAGCUCCAAGCACAGGUCUUUUUUGCUUCAAUCGAUCAAAGAAGUGAGCGAGCUGCAGGAGAGAGUGCCUGUACGGCACUGGUUGCUGUCAUUGCUAAUUGGUUGCAAUCUAACCAAUAUGAAGUGCCAAUCAAGUCUGAAUUCGACAGCUUGAUCAGAGAUGGAUCUUUAGAGUGGAGAAACCUGUGUGAGAAUGAGGACUAUAGACAACGAUUUCCCGACAAGCACUUUGAUCUUGAGACAAUCCUCCAAGCUAAAAUUCGUCCUCUUUCAGUAGUUCCAGAAAAGUCCUUUAUUGGAUUCUUUCAUCCCGAAGGCCUAGAAGAAGGGGAUUUUGACUUCCUUCAUGGUGCAAUGUCCUUUGACAGUAUUUGGCAGGAGAUUAGUCAUCAUGGGUCAGACUGGUCUAAUAAUUCUGACCCUUUGGUCUACGUUGUAAGUUGGAACGACCAUUUCUUUGUCCUCAAGGUUGAGCAGAAUGCCUACUAUAUCAUUGACACACUAGGGGAGAGGCUUUAUGAGGGAUGCAAUCAAGCCUAUGUCCUAAAAUUUGACAAAGAUACGACAAUCCGGAAACUAGCUAAGGAAACUGAAGUAUCAGAUGAAAAAACUGUUGGCACCAAAGUCCAACCAAGCAGCUCCAAGGAAAAAAUUCUAGCUGAAAGGAGUGCGCCAUCAAGUCCAAAUGAGGCAGAAAAGACUCAGAUGGAAGAGGAGAUUGUCUGUGAAGGAAAGGAGUCAUGCAAAGAGUAUAUUAAGAGCUUCUUGGCUGCAAUCCCUAUAAGGGAAUUGCAGGCUGAUAUCAAGAAAGGUCUGAAGGCAUCGACACCCCUUCAUCAUCGCCUUCAAAUUGAGUUCCACUACACCCAGCUGACCCAACCUGUAGAUGAAAAUUCAUCAAGGGAUGUAACAGUUUGUUGA